UUUCUUCCCCAUCACCUCAAGUCCUCAACCUCAGAUACUCCAAUACAAAAAUGGCUUUCCAUCUAAGAUCAGUGAGCUUGCCAUCUAAGAGGCAGUCCAAUGAGGCCCAAGUCGAAGAUGAGCUGCAAAGCCUAGAGGCAGGCAUCUCUUCCCCCUCUGCAACCAUCGAGGCAAUGUGCGACGGUUUGAGGCGGCUUGGAGAUGUCUACAGCUACAUUGAGGAGAUCAUCCACUUGCCCAGCAACCAAGUUUGCUCCAUCCAGGAAAGGAACAUGUUGGAUGGGGAAAUGGAAAGUUCUCUCGAGCUAAUUGAUCUCUGCAACGACAUGCAAGAGAACUUCACUGAGUUGAAGAACAUUAUCCAAGACCUGCAAGUGGUUCUCAGAAGAGGAGACGAUGCCAGCACUCGGGCCAGGAUCCAGUAUUUCACCCGCUUGGUCAAGAAGGCGCAAAAACAAUUCAAGAAGACUAGCAAGAAGACCACCUCUGACAAGGAGGACUGCAAGCUGGUCAAGCUAAUGACAACGGCUAGACUGGUCGCCGUCUCUCUUCUCGAGUCGACAUUGUGCCUCCUAUCGAAACAAGUAGCCAUGCCCAAGAGGUCUCUUGUCUCUAAGGCACUCCAGAAGAGAAGCAUAGUUGUUUGCAAGGAGGAGCAGUUGCAGGCAUUAGAGUGCGUCAUCGGAGAUCUUGAGCAUGGAGUGGAACUUGUGUUCAGGAGAAUGAUCCAGAGCAGAGUUGCCCUCCUAAACAUCCUUAGCUCAUAGGUGAAGUCACUCUAAUAUCCUGUGAUUGGCCUCCGCCUUUUAAAGGAUUUGCCAAUCCUCAUAAAUGUACAGUACUUGUAAAUGUAUAGAGAGUAGUACAAUUGAAGAUAGCAGUUUUGA